CGAAUUUGUACAAUUAAACGUUUAAAGUGGAAAUCAUGUGGAAGUACAUGUUCCCAAUACUAACUUACUUUAUAAUCAAUUAUCCGAAUGCUUCAUUGAAUAUUAAUCGAUCGAAGGAUCCUCCUAUUCAAACUAAAAAAUUAUUAAAAAAUGAUACAUGUGAUUCGUUAACAGCAAGGUGUUAUUGUGAUGAGCUGUGUUUAAAGAGAUCUGAUUGUUGUUCAGAUUCGCCAUUAAUCAAUUACACUUCACAUGACUAUAACAUUCUGACAACUACAUGUAUUAAAAAAUUUCACUAUGUAACUGAUGAACCACAUUUCGGAGAAGAAGAAGAUGAUGAAGCUGCAUAUGAACAAAUUUAUGCAAUUUCUAAUUGUCCAUUGAAUACUUCCAAGAAUAUAGCUUUACGAUGUAAUCGUAUAAAAAAUAUUAAGAUGAUGUUUAGUGAUUUAUCCCCUGUAGGUACAAAUGAUUGGAGUAUAUUAACCAAAGAGCAUAUUUCAGGUGUCAUAUCAGAUAAAAUACUAUUUCAUUUUAAAAAAUCCGAUAUACGUGCUAUCGCUCCAGUUGUCUCACUUAAAACUAAUCGAGUCUAUGCAAAUAUUGAUUGUGCUCAAUGUCAUGGUGAAUUGAAAUCUGCGCCAGGAGAGAAUUUCAAUGAUUAUAUGAAAAAAUAUUUAAAAUUUUACACAGUUAAAAUACGUUGUCGUUUAGCAGCUAACAAAUAUCGAAUAUGUGUUCUUGAUACUGCAUUACCACCGAGCUAUUCACGUUAUUGCGCAUCACCUCUUCGUAUUAAUGUAACACCGGCGUCAGUAUUCAAUAAACGUUUAAGAUGGCAUGAGUUUUUGGCUAUACCAAAGAAGUAUUUAGGUUUUGAAAUCGAUACGGAUAAAGAAGAGAAAUCUCAAGUAUUAAAAACAAUUGAGUCUAUUUUCGAUAUUCUACAAAUCAUUGUCAGUAUUUUUUCUGCAAUAUGCCUUUGUACACUAUUGAUAAUCCAUGGUAAAACAAAAUCUCUACAUCAAAGACUAUCAAAUCAAUUAGUAAUGGGUUUAGCUUCAUCUAUUCUCAGUUUAUUAUUGAUAUAUUUAACAUUACCAUUGAUAAUUGAACAGAUUGAUAUAUCAAAUCGUAAAAUUUGUGUUAUGAUAGCUUUUCUGAUACAUUAUUUCUUUCUGUGUAGUUUUACAUGGAUGUCAACAUUUGGUAUUAGUUUGAUGAAUACAUUUGGUGGAAUUCACACAUGUCUAUUGUGUUUUUCAUACAUAAAAUUGAAAUUGACAAAGUCACAAGAAAAUGCCGAUACAAUAAAUCAUAAAUUUAUUUCAAAUGCAAUGCAAAGCAUGGUUAUUCAGUCGGCAAAACGUAGUGGUUCCAAUUCACCGAAAAGUAUCAUUCUUUCUUCAUUACUUUCAAUCAUCCUACCAUUCUGUUUUGUGACACCAGCUAUAAUCAUCAAUGAAACAGUCUAUCCAAACGAAUGUAUUCAAGAACAGUAUGUUGCUAAAUUAUUGGAUAAUGAGAUAGAUGAGUCAAUAUGUACAAAAACUCAAAAAAUAUUAAGUUAUUUGACACCGGGAUUUUGUCCUCCAGAAGACUGUACUAGACCAUGGUUUACAAUAAAUGAAGCAUUUUUCUUAUGGUUUCUAGCACCAACUACAAUUUUAUUAGCAUUCAACUGUAUUGUAUUGAUCAUCGUUGGCACUCACAUUUGGUUUCUCAGUCAAAACGAAAUAAAUUUAUCAUCAGAUGUGGCGAGUGAAGCAGACAGCACUGAUUUUCCGAAACAUAGUCGAAAAAUGUUAAAAAUAUGCUUUAAUCUAUCGAUUAUUUUAGGCAUUGUCUGGAUAUUUCAAAUAUUGGCUAGCCUUUUACCUGAUACCCCACUAAUUGGACGUGUAGCUAGCUUAGUUAGUAGUGCUCAAGGAGCCGCUCUUACAUUUACAACUACUAGUAAUCUGAAAAGAAAAGCAGCAACAACAUGUGAAUGGACAAGUAUUUUCACGCUCACUACCAGUAAUAACAGUGGGAGCAGUCAACGUUUUCGUAAUUGGAUAAGGGCAGAAAAGCUUAAAACUACUUCAUCAGAGAAACCUGACUUAAAUCUACAAUCUACCAAAUGUGAAGAUUGUUGAUUUUCUCAUCAUAUUUCUCCAUAUACAAAAAGUUGGAAAAAUUAAUUCAAAGUUAUUUAUCUACUUGCGAUAAUUCAGUAGCAUGAUAUAACAAAAUUUAAUUUUGUGUUGUUACCGAAAAUUCAACAUUUUUAUUGACAAAUAAGUGAACAUUUGUAUUUCCUUUUUUUUCUGUGCUAUGAUAAUAGAUGCGUAAAAUCUAUCGUUUUCAGCUUUUUAUAUUUUUUUAUCAUAUACGGGCGAAUUGCUAUUCUGAUGACAAUUCUUUCUAUCUGACACUGGUUUUGUGACAUUUUACUUACUCAUAUAAACAUUUUAUUGAAUUAUUCGGGUUAUAAAGUCUGAAACUUUACUUUCGUUCAACGGUAACUUUGUAACUCUUCAAUGAAUUUCAAACCAACG